GUCUCUCUAUUUUCAGGAAGUAAGCUUCUUGUUAUUGAAAAUGAGUUUAAUUAAACAUAGUGUAAUAAUAUAACACUAAUUUAAUUAAACAGGCCGCAUACUCAUAUAAUGAUGCGUUAGUUUUAUUCAUGGUAUCUGUAUUUAUUCAAGACAAAACUAUAACGAUCAAAAUGGCAAAAGGAAAGAAAAUUGACCGUACAGUUGUCAAAUCCUGCCCAACUUGUGAAAAACAGAUACCGGUAGCAUGCAAGUCAUGUGCUUGUGGAUAUUCAUUUCCAUGCCGUCGUCUGUCUGGGACAUCCGAAGGGAAAGAAAGUCCCACUGAAAAGGAAGACAUGCCAAAACAAACGAGAUCAGUACGAACAAAACGUGUCCGGCCCGAUUUCUUCAACCCGCUGGAUAUCGAAUACACUUCAAAGAGGUUUAGGACAAAGAGUGAAAGUAAAUCAGAGAGUGUCCAUGAAAGUCCCAAAAAGCGACGUGGUCGUCCAAAGGGUUCCUUAAAUAGGUCAAAAUCUGAAGACAAGACAAAAGAAGUGAAACCUCCGCCAGAAGAAGAUAUGUUUGCGAAUGUGCCUCCGGAGAAAGCUCUGCAGUAUUCCAUUGUUCUAGCUGAACUGAACAGAAAAAUGUCAAUACAAAACUUUAAGCCUUUUUGAUGGAAAUGGUGCAAAAGAAAAAGCAAUUGCCCCUCUUUUUUUUCUUUCCUAAAUUGAACUUGCUUUAUUUGUCUGUCUACUGUUUUAUAGUGACAGAAAUAUAUUGCUCAUUUUACCUGUGCUUAAUAUAAAUCUUUUAGGGAUGUUGCCCAGUUGUAAAGCACUUCCUUGAUAUGCUGUCUGUCUGGAAUCGAUCCCAGUCAGUGGGCUAUUUCUUGUUCCAGCUGGUGCAUCAUGACUGGUAUGGCAAAGGCCAUGGUAUGUGAGAUGGUG